AUGAAUAGAAUUAAUAUAUUUUUAGUAAUACUGUUAAUUUCAGUGUCGGUUGUAUCAUGUACACAAAAAGAAUUCAUAGUUAAACCAAAUACAAGUGAUUCCGUUGAAUUAAUAGAUGGUAAAUCAAAAUGUGUAUUUACUUUUACUGCAGUCGGAGGUUCGAGUGAAUCGUGGAUGAUCAUGAUCGAUAACAGCGGUGACAAUCCAAUCUGUAUGAUCGGUCGUCAACCACCACCCAGCUACAUGGUAUUCAAAGAUUUCAGUGCCUCUUUCAUCAAUGGUAAUAAACACUUCCAAACCGUAGAUAUGAUGGAUAAUGAAGGUUCUGUUCUAUUAAACGAUGGUUACAAGAUUGAAAAUAACAAAGAAAAACAAAACACUUCUCAAACUAGCACUCUUUUAUUAACUCAUAAACAAUCAUUAUAUCAUAUGAAUACAGUUGUACCAGGUAAAAGUUAUAAUUCCAAUAUUGCCUUGUUAACAAUGACAGCACCAAAAUAA